GCCCAAAAGCAUAUAAAGUGUGUUCAUGGUUUGACCAACACAAUUUUCCCGGAUUGUUGGUGAGAAAACACAUUGGUUGGCAUCAAACAAUACGUAUUUCCAUGUAGUCCUCUUUGUACCAACAAUACUCCAUAGAAAAUGCUGUCCACAUUCACAGUUGUCCUGCUUUCAUGUAUUUCAUCGAAAAUUGUACAUUCAGCUUUUAACUGCCCUGGCAAUGGCUUCUUUGCGGAUCCAGAAAACUGUCGAAAUUAUUACCUGUGCUUCUUAGGAAGCAUGUAUUCCUACACAUGUGAUGAGACUAAAGGCUUUGAUGAGGUAGUGGGGGACUGCACAACCUCAGGCUGUGAUGUUAAGACGACCACGCCACCACCAAACGUCAGAUGUACCGAUUUUGGUGAAGCACACCCUGAUCCUUCUGAUUGUACUCGAUACUAUGUUUGUUACUACGGUAUACCAUAUUCGGUGGCAUGCGGCAAUCUACUGGCUUAUAACCAGGCUACUCAACGAUGUGAACGGCAAAAUUUCGAAAGUUGCCUUGAGUCCAUGAUAGCUAAAGAAGCCUCCACGACGAGUGCUGUAGACACGACCAUGCAGGAUAGCGUAAGGACGACCCAGUCUACAAACGCUGUAGACACGACAGCUGGAACUACAGCAGCCAUAGAAAAGACACAAGGUACAAAAAUUGAUUUUGAAACUACUGAGGGGACACCAGAUGUCACGAAGGUGACACAACCGCCCCUCCGGACAACAGAGGAAACGAGUAUGGUACAGGAUACGACCACAGCAUACCGGCAAACUACAAAAGAAACACAAGUUACAUUAACUACUUCCAAUCACAAAGGAGAACCUAAAAUAUCUACUACAGAUAUUCAAUCUGAACCGCAAACAACAAAGGUAUCACAAAAGACAAUGACUCCUCAAGAGAUUACAGAUAAACAUCAACAGACAACAGCAACACAGCUAAAGCACGAAACUACGACAGAAAUAAUUCCCACAAGUACAACUCUCCAGACAACAGAGGAACUUGCGCAAACCACUACAGUCACACAACUGAACCAAGAAACUACAAAACAAACACAAACCGCAACUACUCUACAACAUACGGACAAAGUUGAGCAAAGGACAAGAGAAACACAAGCCGCACUUACCCCACAACGUACCACCGAUAAAUUUCAGCAAAUGUCAACGGCAUCACAAAUAAAUCAACAAACUACAAACAAAACACAAUCCACAAUUACCGCACAGCAUACAACGGACAAAAUUCAACAAACGACAACAGAAACCACUGAACAGGUUACGGAAGGGCUUCAGGUAUCACAAAAGACAAUGAAUCCUCAAGAGAUUACAGAUAAACAUCAACAGACAACAGCAACACAGCUAAAGCACGAAACUACGACAGAAAUAAUUCCCACAAGUACAACUCUCCAGACAACAGAGGAACUUGCGCAAACCACUACAGUCACACAACUGAACCAAGAAACUACAAAACAAACACAACCCGCAACUACUCUACAACAUACGGACAAAGUUGAGCAAAGGACAAGAGAAACACAAGCCGCACUUACCCCACAACGUACCACCGAUAAAUUUCAGCAAAUGACAACGGCAUCACAAAUAAAUCAACAAACCACAAAUGAAAAACAAACCUCAAGUACCGCACAACAUACAACGAACAAAAUUCAACAAUCGACAACAGAAACACAAUUAGAUCAUGAAACUGCAAAAGAGAUGCUAACCUCAAGCACCACAGAACAGAAUACGAAAAGGCUGCAGGAAUCGAAGACAAAAUCCCCAGUUGAGUCCCAGACUCGGAGAGACACACCAGCCUCAAGUACAGCUCAUAAGGCAACUGAAGAGCUCGCACAAAGCACAACAGUAAAUCGUGAAUCUACAGACAAAACACAUAUGACACCUGAUGUGACGAUGUCGAGGAUAGUUACGGUGGAACUCGACAGUACGCUGAAAACUGAGAGAACCUCUGAAACAAUACACACUGAAGCAGUGACUCACAGUACAACAACUGCAAAUACCCCUGUCACAGCACAAAAUACACCAGAGGAAUCACAACGAACAGCUGAUUAUAUGUCACGGCAGACAUCAAAAGCUACUGCCAAGGUCAGCGAAACUCCAAUGGCCACACAAACGCUGGAUGAAAGCACAACGACGUUGUCUGAUAAUUCAACACCGAUUCAUGAGAUGAAGACGACUGAGGAAACUCAGCAAACGUCGACACCUGUUGACAAGGAACCAGCAACAACGCGGAUGCCAAGUACUGAAGCGAAAACUACGACUGAAUUAACAGUGCCACCCGUGGUCUGUCCCCGAGGCUUGGCUAACAUCACUGACGUCAGAGACUGUCGGAUGUACUACACUUGCCUGCUUGGACAAGAGUAUCACAUGACCUGCCCAGGCGGCACCGGCUUUAACCCCACUACACAGCUGUGUUCCGUGGACGGAUGUUUGAUCGACAGAGACACGCCUAUCCCAACAGAAAGACCUCACGAGUGUGCUAUCCAGUAUGGAACUGAGGAAGAUCCAGUCAGUUGCUUGAUGUACGUGUUGUGCUUCAUGUGGACACCAAAGAGGCUAGAAUGUGACCCAAACACGGCGUUCAAUCCCCAAACCGGAGGCUGUGACGAGGCCAGCUAUAAACCCUGUAUCGAGGCAAUGACUGCCCUCGUGUCCGAUACAACAUCAACGCCAGUGGUUACAAUGACUACCCCCACCGUUAGAAGUCAAACCCAAGGGUGCCCGUGGACACAACCCGGAAUGUUUAGUUACGUCGGGGAUGCGCAGAAAUACUGUCGCUGUGGUCUGGGCGCUUGUACAGUGUACACUUGUGAAGAGGGACUUGUUUUCCAUGCAGAUCAAAAGAUAUGUGGGAUGCCCUGACAACUUUGAAUGACUGUCCAAAUGGAGUGGUCGGACACAUAAAUCUUACUUUUCUGGAUGCCACCUAGCCUUAAUUUGUAGGCAGUUUUACAAGCUACACAAAAUCAUCAUCAAUUUAUACACAUAUGUCUUGUUGUGAUAUAAAAACGCAAAUACAUUUGCUGUUUGGUUUUUUUUUAUACUGUCUCUUACACAAAAUAUUUGAAACGUUUUCAUAUACUGAUGAGAAACUUAUGUGAGUGUGCCGGAAAUGUCACCUAACUAACGGAACUCAGGCACAUUUCCUAACUACACCUGUAUACAACUGUCUUCUUAUAUGCAUACGCAGAUAUAGAUAUAUUUGAAAUAAAUGAUUCUUAUGCUGUUGUCUCUCUCACUGGUAGCUCGAAAACUAAUCUUGCACUUUGAAUAAAAGCUAUUUUUCUAUGAGAAAUAAAAAUCGUGACUGUUUA